AUGUUGAUUACAUUGGCCAAAAUUCAAUCACCAAUUAUGAAGGCCUAUUUAACAGUGAGAACAAGACCUGCCGAUCAUGAUGGUAUUCCUCAUGUUUUGGAACAUUUAAUUUUCAUGGGAAGUGAAGAAUAUCCAUACAAGGGUAUCUUGGAUAAGGUUGCAAAUAGAUGCUUUGCUCAAGGUACAAAUGCAUAUACUCAAAAUACUAAUACAACCUAUGAAUUGACAACAGCAGGAAAGGAAGGAUUUUACAGAUUAUUACCAGUUUAUUUGGAUCAUAUUUUAUAUCCUACAUUGAGUGAUAAUGCUUUCAUCACUGAAAUUCAUCACAUUGAUGGAUCUGGUCAGAAUAGUGGUGUUGUAUAUAAUGAAAUGCUCGGAAGAGAGAAUGCACCUGAUGAAUUAAUUUAUAUGGUAUUUAAUGAAUUAAUGUUUGAUAAGAGUGAAGGAUAUCAAUAUAAUUUUGGUGGAAGAGUUUCAAAUUUGAGAGAAUUGACCAUUGAAAAAGUUAGGCAAUUCCACAAGGAAUACUAUUGUCCACAAAAUUUCAAUGUUAUUGUUGUGGGUAACACUUCUGUUGAAGAAUUGAUUGACUCUGUUAAUGAUUCUAUUGAACAAAAAGUAUUGAACCGAGAACCAACUAUUAAUCCACAAUUGGAUUUGAAUAUUUGGAAGCAAUCACUUCCAAAGUUGACUUCAUCAAUCUCUAAAGACAUUGUUUAUCCAUCGGAUGAGGAAGAUUCUGGAUUUUAUGUUACCAUUGGUUGGAGAGCAACACCUUGGAAGGAUUUUGCAACAUCCUAUGCAUUGGAUAUUGUUUGGAGUGCACUCACUAGUGGUGAUAUUGCUCCAAUUAGAAAGGAAUUUAUAGAGAAUGAGAGUGGAGAUGUUUGGUGUGGAGAUGUCUAUGCUUCUGUUGAUAGAACCUUUGAAAAUACCCACAAGAUUUGUUUUAUUAAUGUUGAACCAGAUAGAUAUGAUACCAUUGUGGAAAAGUUUUAUGAUUUUAUGAGAAAUGUAAAGAUUGACCUCGAAUAUUUCAAGUUGGUCAUUAAUAGAGACAGAUUGGAUAGCUUGCGUUCAUAUGAAACCUCUCCUCAUGAAACCUUCUCUAGUGUCUUGAUUGAGGACUUUUUGUACAGCACUGAUAAUCAAGAUUGUAGACAAGUUCUCGAUGUUGAUCUCAUUUCCGAAGAGUUGGCCAAGAAGGACGAACAAUUCUGGAAGGACUUGAUUGAAAAGUACAUUCUCUCCACUGAGAAUGUUGUCUUGAGAGCUACUCCUUCUGCUCAAAAAGCCAAGGAUAUGGCCGAUGAAAAUACUAAGAGAAUUGAGGAACAAAAGACAAGACUCGGUGAAGCCAAAUUGAAAGAAUUAGAAACUCGUCUCAAACAAGCUGAAGAGGCCAAUACCAAGCCAAUCGAUGAAAAAUUCCUCAAGGAGAAAUUCCCAAUCCCAACCUUGGACAGCAUUGAGGAGAUUCACAUUGCCACCUAUAGAAAUGAUAAUAAUCCUUCAUUUGUUCAAACACCAUACGAUAAGGUGCUUGCUGAAAAGUUGAAGGAUCACAUUUCACCACUUCCAUUCUUCCUUCAAAUUACUUCUAUUGCAUCGAGAUUUGUGGAAAUGUUCUGUUUAAUGGACUCGAGCAAUGUUCCACUCGAUCUUAAAAUGUACAUUCCUUUGUUUUUGGCUCUCAACUUUUCAUGUGAUAUGAAACUUGGUGAGGAUCCAAGUCAAUAUAUCAAGAAGGAAAAUGUCAUUAUGAGUCUCAUGAGAGAAUCUGUUUCUAACUCUUACACUUGUGGAGGUGAUAAUGAUAGUGGUGAUGGAGUUCAUAAGGGUAUUACUGAUUAUUUGAAUUAUCAUGACAGACAUUCUCUAAGUGUUGCCAUUAACUUUUUGACUGGCGAAGAAGGACCAUUCUGGGUCAAACUCAGAGGUAAAGGAUUGUGUUAUGGUUACUCCAUCAUUAGUAAUGUAGAUAAGGGAUCAGUAGGCCUGUAUUUGUCUCGUGUUGGAAAUGUUUCCAAGGCCUAUGCUGAAUCAAAGGCAAUUAUUGAAGCUGUUUGCUCUGAUGAAGAACCAAGUGAAAAUGUCUUGAAGCUUAAUGAAUCUGCACUCGAACCUGCCAAGGCAACCACAGUUGUUGAAAAAUUGAAUAAUGCAGAGACUAUUAUUUCAGCUGCCUACUCUCGAUUCUUAACCAACACCUUGUUUAAUGGACCAAGAAACUUUUACGAAAAUCUCCAAGAUAUCGGAAAGGUAACAGUGAGCGAUGUGAAGAGAGUUAUCAAGCAAUACUUGUUGCCACUCUUCCUUGAAAAUGAAGGUGCCUUGUUCAUUUGUGAUAAUGCAGGAAAGAUUUCAAAUGAAUAUCCAAUUAAAGAUGAUUUGGAAAAGAUUGGAUAUCUAAAGACCUACUCCUCACUCAAGGAAUAUCUUGCCACAGAAUUGGGUGUAACAGUAUCAGCUCCAAAGAGCGACAUGUCUUGUGAUGAAAUUACAGAAGGAGCAGAAGAUGAUGAAGGCGAAGAUGAAGAGGAAGAAGGUGAAGACUCUGAUUCAAUGGAAGAUGAUGAAUAA